AUGAAAACUGAUGGUGCAGCAGAAAAUUAGGCUCUUACAAAUGGGAAUGGAGCCAAUGCACAGCCACAACAAGAACCGAUGGUUCCAUAUUUUGAGCUUCUAAGGUACGCCAGUCCAAAAGACAAAGUUUUAAUGUUCAUUGGUGGGUUCGCAGCCUUUUGCAACGGAGCUGCCUUUCCAAGUUUUUCAAUCAUCUUCGGAGAUAUGACAGACUCAUUCUCAGAAGCAGGAGAUGAAAUGGUUCGUUAAGCUGGAUUGAAUGCAAUGUAAAUAUAUAGAAAAACUCAAUAUAGAUAUUUCGUUAUUGUUGCAGUGGGAACAAUGCUCAUGUCCUUCAUAAUGUUCGCCACUUGGAUGAUCACUGGAGAGAAUCAGAGCAUAGAAUUCAGAAAGAGAUACUUCUCUGCAAUUUUGAGAUAGGAAAUCGGAUGGUUCGAUACCAUUAAUCCAAACGAAUUGAAUAGCAAAGUGGCAAACGAGACCUUUGCAGUACAGGGUGCCAUCGGAGAGAAAGUUCCUACCUUUAUCAUGACCUUCUCGAUGUCCUUCUUUGGCUUCUUGAUUGGUUACAUUUAUGGUUGGUAAUUAGCCUUGGUAGUCACAGCCACAUUGCCAGCAAUCUCCAUAGCCACAGCCAUAUUCGCCGUCAUUAUCCAAACAUCUGAAAAUGCCACCCAAAAAGCCUAUUCAGAUGCUGGAGCCUUGGCAGAACAAGCAAUCAAUGCCAUCAAGACAGUGAAGAUGUUGGAUGGUGAGGACUUCGAAGUCGAGAAGUACAAAAAGCACCUUCUUGAUGCAACAGCCACAACAAUCAGUUAUCAAUUCGGUGUUGGAUUGGCAUUCGGAUUUUUAUGGGCAGCCAUGCUUUGGGCCUACGCUCUUGGUUUCUGGUAUGGAGCUAAGUUGAUUUCCGAUUAGACUAUUAAUGAUAACAUGGGUGCAGUGUACACAGUGGGAGAUGUGAUGAUUAUCUUUUUUGCCAUUUUGACUGGUGGAUUCUCAUUAGGCUAAGCAGGUCCUUGUGUCCAGAAUUUUGCCAAGGGAAGACAAGCAGCUGUUAAAAUGUUUGCCAUCUUAGACAGAAAUCCAAAGAUCGUCAACCCUCUUAACCCAAUAAAAUUAACAUCUUUUAAUGGAACUAUUCUAUUGAGGAAUAUCCAAUUUAGUUAUCCAAACAGACCAGACCAAAAAAUAUUGAAAGGAUUAAACUUAAAUAUACCUGCUGGCAAGAAAGUAGCCUUGGUAGGAGAGAGUGGUUGUGGUAAAUCCACUGUUAUGUAAUUGAUCGAAAGAUUCUAUGAUUGUGAAGAAGGAGAAGUAUUAUUUGGUGGAGCUGAUGGAAUCAAUGUCAAAGACUUGGAUCUUCUUGAUUUGAGAAGUAGAAUUGGUCUUGUCGGAUAAGAACCAGUGUUGUUUGCCACCAGUAUCAGAGAGAAUCUAUUGUAUGGUAAGACAGAUGCAACAGAAACUGAAAUGAUUGAUGCUUUAAAGAAAGCCAACGCUUGGGACUUUGUAUCCAAAAUGGACAAGGGAUUGGAAACCUACGUUGGUAUAGGAGGUGGCCAAUUGAGUGGUGGAUAGAAGUAGAGAAUAGCUAUUGCCAGAGCCAUCUUAAAAAGACCAUAAAUAUUGUUACUCGAUGAAGCCACCAGUGCCUUGGAUAGAACCAAUGAGAGAUUGAUCCAAGAGACUUUGGAUGAAGUGUCAAAGGGAAUCACUACCAUCGUCAUUGCUCACAGAUUAAGCACAAUCUAAAAUGCUGACUUAAUCUAUGUCAUUGAUAAAGGUCUCGUGGUUGAAAUGGGAACUCAUCAAGAAUUGAUGAAUAUGCAUGGAAAAUAUGAAAUCUUGGCUAAGAAUUAGAUUCAAGCCUAAAAUCAAGAAAAAGACUCUGGAUCUUUUAGUUCUAAUCCUUCAUAGAAGAAUCUUGACGAUCAACAAGUAGGAUCUCAAAGAUCAGUUAAACUUAAGAUGAAUAUGACCGAUCAACAAAACAUUGUUGUUGCUGUUAAAUAAGAAAUCGACAGAUUCCAAGAUUUGGGAGUACCUGAAUUGGUCAAGAAGGUUUCUGGAUAAGUACAUCAUCAUCAUCACCAUCAUCAUCAUCAUAAGAAAAAUGAAACAGACUUGGAAACACAACCAUUACCUAAGAAAGAUGAAUCCAAAUAGGAGAAACAAGAAGUUGAUGCAUAAAUGGGAAGAUUGUUCACUUACAAUUAAGAUGAGAAACCUCAAUUUAUCAUUGGUAUUAUUGCAGCCUUAGCCAAUGGAUGUACAUUCCCAGUGUUCUCCUUGUUCUUGGCUGAAAUGAUUACUGUUUUAGUGGAAUCCAAUCCUUCCUUUGCUGAUUAUCAAUGUUCAAUCACAUACGAUAACCCCACCACAGAAAUGUGCUAACUCUUGAAAGACGAUUUAAAGGAUGAAGUAAAAACCAAAGCAGAUAGACUGGCCCUCUGGUUUUUCUUGAUUGGAGUUGCAGCUCAAAUUCUUUGGACAUUCCAAAUGUAUUUCUUGGCAUAUGUGGGAGAGAAACUCACCUGUAAAUUGAGAUUGGAUACAUACAGAAAAUUGUUGAGAAUGCCUAUUCCAUACUUUGAUAUCCCCAAAAACAAUGCAGGUACCUUAACAAGCAGAUUGUCUGUUGAUUGUAAAUUGAUUAAUGGACUCACCUCAUCAAUUUUGGGUAUUAACAUAUCAAAUGUUGGUGCUUUGAUUUGUGGAUUGGUUAUUUCCUUUGUUGCCAGUUGGUAAAUGACCCUUAUCAUGCUUGGAUUGGCUCCCUUGUCAUACGUAGGAGGAAUCUUGUAAGCCAAAUUUUUGUAAGGGUUCUCAGAUCUUACUGACGAAGCAUAUAAAGAUUCUGGUAACUUGAUUAUGGAAGCUGUCACCAAUAUAAGAACUGUAGUUUCAUUCGGUAAUGAGGAGAUUAUUCUUGGAAUAUAUUCAAAGAAGGUCCAACUUCCAUUGAUGAAAGCAAAAGAGAGAGGAAUAUAUGCAGGUUUGGCUUUCGGAUUUUCAUAAAUGUAAAUGUUCAUCAUUAAUGCCAUUGUCUUCUACGUUGGAGCUAUCCUCUGUAGAGAUGGAGUCAUCACGAUAGAAGGUAUGUUUAAGUCCAUUCUUGCCAUUACAUUUGCAACCAUGAGUGCAGGAAAUAAUGCAGCAUUCGCAGGUGAUAUUGGAGCAGCUAAAAAUGCCAGCAGAAACAUUUUUGAAAUUUUAGAUAGUGAAGAUGAAUUCUAGAGAGAAGAGAGACUAAAAAAGCAGAAGAUUACUAAACCAAUGUAAGGAGACAUCCAUUUCAACAACCUUACUUUCAAAUAUGUAGGAAGGGAUAAGAAUGUGUUUGAAAACUUGAGUUUGACUGUUAAAUAAGGAUAGAAAGUUGCCUUUGUGGGUCCUUCUGGAUGUGGUAAAUCUACUUUGAUGUAAAUGCUUAUGAGAUUUUACGAACCAGAUCAAGGUGUCAUUACCAUUAAUGGCAUUGACAUCACCGAUUAUGACAUCAGGUACAUCAGAAGACAAUUUGGUAUUGUUUCAUAAGAGCCAGUGUUGUUCAAUGGUACUAUUAAGGAAAAUAUUCAAUACAAUCUACCGGCUAUUACUGGUGAGCAAAUAGAAAAUGCAGCCAAGAAAGCCAAUGCUUAUGAUUUUAUCAUCAAGAACCAAUUCGAAGAAACCCAGGUGGAAUAGAAGGGAAAUGAGAAGCAAAGAGGACAAGGAUUCGAUAGAUAAGUAGGACCAAAGGGAGCUUAGAUUUCAGGAGGCCAGAAACAACGUAUUGCCAUUGCUAGAGCCAUCCUUAGAGAUUCAAAUCUCUUAUUACUUGAUGAGGCCACAAGUGCUCUGGAUGCUGCAAGUGAAUAAUUAGUGCAGGACAGUCUGAACAAACUGAUGGAGGGAAAAACCACUGUUGCAAUUGCUCACAGAAUUUCAACUAUCAAAGACUCUGAUGUUAUUUAUGUCUUCGAAGACGGCAAAAUCGUUGAAGAAGGUAGCUACUAAACAUUGGUGGGUCUUAAAGGUGCAUUCUAUAGACUUGAAUAAGGAAUUGCUAAAUGAUGAUUUGUUAAAUUGUUAUAUAUUAUUUAAAUUAUAAAUUCGAUAUCUUUUGUUAA